AUGUCUUAUGCAGACUCCGAGCCACCACAUUUGUAUCCUCCUCCCAUCGUGUCUGUUGACGGGAUAUCUACUUUGACGCCAGAGGCAGAGGAUAUUCAGCCUCUUCAAAUCGGAGAGCCGCUGCUACAUCUCAACGAGCCACUACCUCUUGGAGAUACAUUUGCUGUCAGGGAGGCCUCGCCUCCCAUUCCUGAUCUGUCUGGAUCACAGAGUCGCCAACUGCCGGCAAAACCAAUGGCUAUUAAAUUUUGGCCGUACCCGCACGCCCGACCAAAGCUGAGGGGCCUCACUAGCGCUAAGGGCUCUUCGGGUGCUGCCCUGCCUAUGGUGCUCCCACGAACAUCUGCCCUCGCACCUUUACAGUACAGCGACAAGAUCCGAAUCCACCAAAGAAUUUUCGAAGAGGCACGUGUAACGCUCAUUCGAUCCGCACUCGUAGAUUGUCCCUUCUUGAGCGAGCAAGAAAGAAAGGAGGCAGCUCUUCGAGCACUGGCUUCAACAGCAGAGGUACAUGAUAAAAAGCAUGGGAACGGAUGGGCUACAGAAAACCUACCUGCGUUCUAUAGAACCUUCACUGUGCUGCCAUUGGCAGAUAUCAUAUCAGCCUGCAAAAAAGCCGCCCAUGCCAUUGUUCAAUUUGGAUACAAACUGCACCCCUCAAUCUGGUCUGAAGAGUCCGAACCACAGUAUCAGAUCGAUGAGAUAAAGGACCUCAUUGACGACCCUUCAUUCCCCUUAAAAUACAUAUUCAGGAAUUCAUCUGACCUCCAACGCGACAAAUUGUUUGCAUUCGAACAUCCCGUGAUAGAAACUGUUCUUCUGAACGCGAUUCUGAAACUUGGUUACGUGCCUUUCAUCACAGAACUUGACAGCUUGUAUUGCACAGCUACAGUGGCCGUGGAGUGCAUUCUAAUGGAGCUAGUGGGUGGGCGGUUUGCAGUGACCAUUGAUUUUGGGGUAACUACUUUCAAACCUAAGCAUGCAUUGCUACAGAAGUAUAUUUGA